UCAAUCAUGCAUGACGUGAUUAAGCAGUAUUUAGGAAUGCUAACUCACAUCUGAUGCUAAAUUCUAUUUUCAAUGAUUAGGUGGUUCUUUGAUGCCCUUUGGUACAGAAUAACAAUAAUUGGACUAGAAGCGGAGGAGUCUUAACGCAGAUUAUGGGCCAAAAUCAAAGUGGAGGCCGUGGGCCUGGUGGAAAUAAAAAAGAUGACAAAGGGAAAGAAAAAAAGAAAUAUGAACCACCACUGCCGACAAGAGUUGGCAAGAAACGAAAACGGCAUAGAGGUCCAGAUUCAGCCAACAAACUUCCCAGUGUCACUCCUCAUACGAGAUGUAGAUUACGAUUACUUAAACAGGAACGAAUAAAGGACUAUCUAUUGAUGGAAGAAGAAUAUAUUAGAAAUCAGGAGAGACUAAAACCACAAGAAGAAAAACAAGAAGAAGAACGGUCUAAAGUCGAUGAUUUGAGAGGAUCACCGAUGUCCGUUGGAAGCUUGGAAGAAAUUAUUGAUGAAAACCAUGCGAUUGUUUCCACAUCUGUUGGUUCUGAACAUUAUGUCAGCAUUUUAUCUUUUGUUGACAAGGAUCAACUUGAACCUGGUUGUACCGUCUUAAUGAAUCACAAAGUUCACGCAGUUGUUGGGUUUUUGAAUGAUGACACAGAUCCACUUGUAACUGUGAUGAAAUUAGAAAAGGCUCCACAAGAAUCAUAUGCCGAUAUUGGUGGAUUAGAAUUGCAAAUCACAGAAAUUAAGGAAUCAGUUGAACUUCCAUUGACUCAUCCUGAAUAUUAUGAAGAGAUGGGAAUAAAACCACCUAAGGGUGUCAUUUUGUAUGGUCAACCAGGGACAGGGAAGACUCUUCUUGCAAAAGCUGUGGCCAAUCAAACUUCUGCAACUUUCCUCAGAGUUGUAGGUUCAGAAUUGAUUCAGAAAUAUCUUGGAGAUGGACCCAAGCUUGUACGGGAAUUGUUUCGUGUUGCAGAAGAACAUGCACCUUCUAUUGUAUUCAUUGAUGAGAUUGAUGCAAUAGGAACAAAACGAUAUGAAUCCAAUUCUGGUGGUGAACGUGAAAUUCAGAGAACUAUGUUGGAGCUUUUAAAUCAACUAGAUGGUUUUGAUUCACGUGGUGAUGUUAAAGUAAUCAUGGCUACAAAUCGUAUCGACUCCCUUGAUCCGGCUUUGAUUAGACCUGGUCGAAUAGAUAGAAAAAUUGAAUUCCCAAUGCCGGAUGAGAAAACUAAACGAAGAAUAUUCCAGAUUCAUACUGCAAGAAUGACAUUAAGUAAUGACGUCAAUAUUGAUGAGUAUAUUCAAGCUAAGGAUGAUCUUUCUGGAGCUGAUAUUAAGGCUAUCUGCACCGAAGCUGGCUUACUUGCCUUGAGGGAAAGACGUAUGAAGGUGACAAGCGAAGAUUUUAGAAAAUCUAAAGAAAAUGUUCUAUAUCGUAAGAAUGAAGGAACGCCUGAGGGUUUAUAUCUUUAAACCACAGAAUGAAAGAUCUUGGGAUGGAUAUUCAAAGAUGAUUUAUAACAUUCUUAAACAUUAACUUUUUGUUACCUGUUGUCUAAUAGGAAAAUAAGGUUCUGAAAGUACUCUGCCUAUAUUCACUUUGCAAGAUAUAGAAUGCGAUUGUAUGAAAUUUUUUUAGUUAGUUCAUGACAUCGAGUUGGUUUAGGUGGAUCAUGUGCGAGAAUUUGUUAGAUUAGAACCCUGAAAUUUUCAAGUAUCUGGUUGGGGCUGCCCUGUGACACCCUAAAUCGGUGAUUCUUUAACUUCAUUUUGUCGCAAACCCAUGAACUUUUUUUGGUCUGUGCCGACGCCCCUUGUUAACAGUAGGGAAUAGAUAAAACUACAAUUUGCUGUGAAGGAUGCUGUUGCGUUCCUUGAACAAGAACAUCAAAUUGUGACGUCCUCUGACAGGACAACCAUUCAUGGCAUCAAACCCGUUUAGGCGUUUAGUUUUGAUAUGUACAACAAUUUAUAUUCGUUUUCAAACUAUCCAAUAAACUGUCUCUCACAAUUGUUCCCA